CUCUUCUUCCCUCUUAAUCCUCCCCUUCUUCCCUCUUCUUCUUCCUUUUCUUCAUCCUCAACUUUCAUCUCAUUCUUCCCUCUUUCCUCCUCUAACCCCCCCCUUUCCUCACACAUCCCUCUACACAAUGGCUACCUACGCUCUCUCUCCGGCUCACCGGAACCAAAUGGAGGUGUCCCUUGUGGACAGCGAUCCUGAGAUCGCCCAGAUCAUGGAGAAGGAAAUCCAACGUCAGCGCGAAUCCAUCGUCCUGAUCGCCUCGGAGAACUUCACCUCCCACGCUGUCUUCGAUGCUCUGGGUUCCCCCAUGAGCAACAAGUACUCCGAGGGUUACCCCGGUGCUCGCUACUACGGUGGCAACCAGCACAUCGAUGCUAUCGAGCUUACCUGCCAGGCUCGUGCCCUCAAGGCUUUCAACCUCGACCCCGCCAAGUGGGGCGUCAACGUUCAGUGCCUCAGUGGUAGCCCUGCCAACCUGCAGGUCUACCAGGCUCUCAUGCGCCCUCACGACCGUCUCAUGGGUCUUGACCUCCCCCACGGUGGUCACUUGAGUCACGGUUACCAGACUCCCGCCAAGAAGAUCUCUGCUGUCUCUACCUACUUCGAGACCUUCCCCUACCGUGUCAACCUUGAGACCGGUAUCAUUGACUACGAUCAACUCGAGGCCAACGCCGAGCUCUACCGCCCCAAGUGCUUGGUUGCUGGUACCUCCGCCUACUGCCGCCUGAUCGACUACGCUCGCAUGCGCAAGAUCGCUGACAAGGUCGGCGCCUACCUCAUUGUCGACAUGGCUCACAUCUCCGGUCUGAUUGCCGCCGGUGUCAUCCCCUCUCCCUUCGAGUACGCCGAUGUUGUCACCACCACCACCCACAAGUCCCUCCGUGGUCCCCGUGGUGCCAUGAUCUUCUUCCGCAAGGGUGUCCGCAGCACUGACCCCAAGACCGGCAAGGACAUCAUGUAUGACCUUGAGGGCCCCAUCAACUUCUCCGUCUUCCCUGGUCACCAGGGUGGUCCCCACAACCACACCAUCACUGCUCUGGCUGUUGCCCUUAAGCAGGCUGCUUCCCCCGAGUUCAAGCAGUACCAGGAGCAGGUCAUCAAGAACGCCAAGGCUCUCGAGGAGGAGUUCAAGACCCUCGGCCACAAGCUUGUCUCUGACGGCACUGACAGCCACAUGGUCCUUGUCGACCUCCGCAACAAGAGCCUGGACGGUGCUCGUGUCGAGGCUGUCCUCGAGCAGAUCAACAUUGCUUGCAACAAGAACUCCAUCCCUGGUGACAAGUCUGCUCUGACCCCCUGCGGUAUCCGUAUCGGUGCCCCCGCCAUGACCACCCGUGGUAUGGGUGAGGAGGACUUCAAGCGCAUUGCCCGCUACAUUGACCAGUCCAUCAACCUCUGCAAGAAGGUCCAGAGCGAGCUCCCCAAGGAGGCCAACAAGCUCAAGGACUUCAAGGCCAAGGUUGCCUCCGAGACCGUCCCUGAGAUCCUCAGCCUCCGCAAGGAGGUUGCUGACUGGGCCAGCACCUUCCCCCUUCCCGUCUAAGCUAGUUAUAGCCGGGUGAACUUUUGAUAUGAUACCUUAACAUUCUAUCUUCUUUUAUUCUCCUUUUCUUUUUUUUUUUCUUUGUUUUUUAUCUUGUUAGGUUACGAGUUCAACAUCAUUGCGAGCAAAAACGGAUUGUGGGCUGUGCGUUCUAAGGGGUUUUAUACAGGUCUGCUUUUUCAACCUUACGCGGGUCAUGGGAUAUGGAUAUGCAUUGAGCAUGUGAAUGAACAAAUAGCACCGGGAUGGCUUCUUCAACACUUCUUCAACAGGGCAGGAAAAGUUCGUGGUUGCAUGGAGGCUUGGUACGCCUGGUUGAGUAUUACUUACCUAGUAAAUAGGUAUUAUGAACUGAAAUAGAAACAUAAUACGUUCCAUGAG